AUGUGGCAAAAUUGGGAAACAGAACGUGGUAGUGGCGAUUUUAGUAACGAUAGCGUUACCGAAAAUGGGACCACUGAUGACGAUGGUGGUAACGGAUCUAAUGAUUAUGAAGACAGUGAAAAUGAGACUAUUUGUAGUGAAGACGAUGAGUGUGAUUAUGAUACUGAUUAUAGUGAAGCAGAAUGCGACUUUUUGAUGGCUGUAAAUAUGACAUUUAAUGACAUAAGCAAUGUCCCAAAUUUUUUACAAGUAAUCAUUAACAUUGAAAGAGUAGUAAGUUUAAAACACCUUAUUUCACUUAUUUUAAUGAAAAUUUAA